CUCGGUGACUGUAACCUCUCAAGCAAAAGCUGUAAAGCUCUGUCAUCAGUCCUCAGUUCCCAGUCCUCCAGUCUGACGCAUCUCGACCUGAGUAACAACAACCUGAAGGAUUCAGGAGCUGUCCGGCUGUCUGGUCACAGAGGAAGGCUUCGUUUCUCUGGCCUCAGUUCUGACUUCCGACUCGGUGGAGCCUGCUGGAGAACGAUGGCUGAAACCAGGUCUGAGGAAGGAUUCAAAGUCGACACACGAUCAGUGAAAAGACACCUCAAACUGUUUAACAACAACGUGUGGAGGAGGCUGCUGAUCAUCCAGACA